GCCGGCUGCUGGACCGGGCGGGCUGACAUGGAGCGGGGCCGGUCCGGGGCCCGGUCCGGGGGGGCCCGGGGGCUCCUGGCCGCCCUCCCGCUGCUGCUGCUGCCCGCGGGCUGCGGGGCCAAGUACGUGACGGGGAACAUCAGCACCAAGGAGGACUGGGUGUUCCUGACCCGGUUCUGCUUCCUCUCCGACUAUGGACGCCUGGAUUUCCGGUUCCGCUACCCAGAGGCCAAGUGCUGUGAGAAUAUUCUGCUGUAUUUUGAUGACCCCUCGCAAUGGCCAGCCGUCUACAAGCAGGGGAACAAGGACUGCCUGAUGAAAGAAUCUGUGAUCCGCCCGGAAAACAACCAGGUCAUUAACCUCACCACGCAGUACGCCUGGUCGGGGUGCCAGGUGCUGACCCAGGACUCCGUGCGGUAUCUGAGCUGCGCCAGUGGCCGGAGUUUCCGCUCGGUCCGCGAGCGCUGGUGGUACGUGGCCCUCAGCAAGUGCGGGGGUGAUGGGCUGCAGCUGGAGUACGAGAUGAUCCUGACCAAUGGCAAAUCCUUCUGGACCCGGCACUUCUCUGCCGACGAGUUCGGAAUCCUGGAGACAGACAUCACCUUCCUCCUCAUCUUUCUCCUCAUCCUCCUCAUCUCCUGCUACUUCGGCUAUCUGCUCAAGGGACGUCAGCUGCUCCACACCACCUACAAAAUGUUCAUGACGGCGGCCGGCGUGGAGGUGGUGAGCCUGCUGUUCUUCUGCAUUUACUGGGGUCAAUACGCCUGCGAUGGCGUCGGGAACGGCAGCCUGAAGAUCCUGGCCAAGCUGCUCUUCUCCAUCAGCUUCCUCGUCUUCCUCCUGAUGCUGAUCCUGUUGGGGAAGGGGUUCACGGUCACCAGGGGUCGGAUCAGCCACACGGGCUCCAUCAAGCUCUCUGUGUACAUGACGCUCUACACCAUCACCCAUGUGGUCCUGUUCAUCUACGAGGCUGAGUUCUUCGACCCAGCGCAGGUGCUGUACACGUACGAGUCGCCGGCCGGCUACGGGCUGAUCGCGCUGCAGUUCCUGGCCUACGUCUGGUUCUGCUACGCUGUGCUCACCACCCUCAAGCAGUGCCCCGAGAAACAGCCCUUCUACGUCCCCUUCUUCGCAGCCUACACCCUCUGGUUCUUCGCGGUGCCGGUCACGGCGCUCAUCGCCAACUUCGGCAUCCCCCGCUGGGCCCGCGAGAAAAUCGUCAACGGGAUACAGCUAGGCAUUCACCUGUACGCGCACGCCGUGUUCCUGAUCAUGACGCGCCCCUCGGCGGCCAACAAGAACUUCCCGUACCACGUGCGCACCUCGCAGAUCGGCAUCAUGGAGGAGGGGGCGCCUGGCACCAAGUUCCCCCACCACGUCUACGGCAACGUGACCUUCAUCAGCGACUCCGUCCCCAACUUCACCGAGCUCUUCUCCAUCCCCCAGGGCCCGGUGCGGGGCGCCACCAACGCGCGUAAGCAGGUGGAGGAGACGCCGGCUGAGCGGAGCACGACCCCGAGCUGUGUGGUGACGACGUCAGAACUGAGCAGGCCCCACGUGGUGCUGAAACCCCCCCCGGGGGGCGAGAGCCAGCCCCCCCCGUACCAGCUACAGGCCCCCCAGCUGCACCCCCCCAACGGCUACACCGAGUACUUCAGCAUGCACACGGGGGGCGCACGGCCCGUCUAGGGGCCCAUCCCCCAUAGUCUGCCCCCAGCCCCCCCCAUGCAGACCAAGGGGGCCGGACCCCUACAUGUAACCCCUUCCUCCUGGGUAGUCCUUCACGCCUCCUUCAUGGCCCCCAGCCUCCUGCCCCAGUGCCCCAUGGGGGGCCCCCAGCACGGCUGCCCCCGGCCUGCACUGACUGGGCUGGAGUGGGGGGUGAAUGGCCUCCCAUGGGAGCGGCCCAGCUCCCCUUCACCCCCCAGUGCGGGAGGCCUGGGGCUGGGACUGAAUGAACAUGGGGAUUGACCCCCCAGCAGGGCUAGGAGCCCCCCGCCCUGCCCCGCAUCAGCAUGGCCUGGGGACCCAACCCCCCUGUCCCUCCCCUGGCGCCUAUCGAGUGGGGGGGGGGCAGUGUUCCCGUUACCACUCCCCACCGUGGUCAUCUCCUCCCAUGACCCAGGCUGCCUGUCCCCCCUCACCCGCCCAGGCUCCCCCCAGGGCCAUUUCCCCCCAAGGCUCCCCCCCCAGAGACAUUUCCCCCCCAGGCUCCCCCCCCCAGGGCCAUUUCC